GCGAUUUCCCGCGAAUGAGAUUCCAAGGCAGAAGGGAUGAGGAUGAUGAUGUACGCUCAGCUCCAUCGGUAAUUCCGUGAGCCUUUUAGAUCAGCAAAACAUCAACGGUAUCACCGGUUUCAGUUUGAUCAGAGAGAACAAGCUAUGGUGAUGGAUGCGUCACAGUUAGCAGAGCUAAAGCUAUUCGUUGAUCAGUGCAAAUCAAACCCUUCAAUUCUCCACAACCCAUCUCUUUCCUUCUUCAAAUCCUACCUCCAAAGUCUGGGAGCUCGAAUUCCAUCCGGCCCACAAACGGAUAAAAGUGGUGUUAACAUGGCAGAGCCCGGGCAACACUCUGAUUCCAAAAACCCCAAUUUUUCAUAUGAAGAAGAUGAUGAUAUUGUUGAGUCUGAUGUUGAGUUAGAUAACACCGGUGUGGUGGAACCUGACAAUGAUCCUCCACAAAAGAUGGGAGACCCUUCAGUUGAAGUUACAGAGGAUAUGCAGGAUGCUGCGCAAAGUGAAAAAUUAAAAGCUAAUGAUGCAAUAUCUGAAGGUAAGCUGGAUGAAGCGAUUAAUUAUCUAACAGAAGCUAUCAUGUUAAAUCCCACUUACGCAAUAUUAUACGCAACUAGAGGUAGUGUUUUCAUUAAAUUGAACAAACCAAAUGCAGCAAUUCUUGAUGCUGAUGCAGCUUUAGAGAUCAAUCCUGACUCAGCAAAAGGAUAUAAAGUUCGAGGGAUGGCAAGGGCCAUGCUAGGCCGAUGGGAAGAAGCAGCUAGUGAUCUGCAUGUAGCAUCAAAGCUAGAUUAUGAUGAGGAGAUUGGUUCAGUACUCAAAAAAGUGGAACCUAACGCACACAAAAUUGAAGAGCAUCGCAGGAAAUAUGACCGCUUGAGGAAAGAAAGGGAAUUAAAAAGGACUGAACGUCAGAGGCAACAGCCGAAAGCUGAAGCACAAGAUCAGGAAGCAUUUUCUGCUUUUAAAGAUGGGCAGGUUAUUGGCAUUCACUCCACUGGUGAGCUGGAAACUAGGUUGAAUGCUGCUACAAGAGCAUCUCGCCUGGUCAUAUUGUACUUCACUGCAGCAUGGUGUGGUCCCUGUCGCUUCAUUUCUCCACUUUAUACAAGUUUAGCUGCAAAAUAUGCGAAAGUAGUGUUCUUAAAAGUUGAUAUAGAUGAGGCAAGUGAUGUGGCUGGCUGCUGGAAGAUUAGCAGUGUUCCUACCUUUGUCUUUGUAAGAAAUGGAAAGGAAGUCGACAAGGUUGUAGGGGCUGACAAAACUGCACUCGAAAGGAAAAUUGCCCAAUAUGCAGGCUGAUGUUUAGCCUAUCAAUUGAGGUAGAUUCCAGCCAAUUCUACUCACUUUUUACAAGCAUGUUUGAACAUGUCAACAGUGUUAAGACAUGAGCAAUAUCUUAGGAAAUCUGUACCAUAUAUCUUAAUAAAAAUGACCUGCUGGAGCUAAGCGUUUUUUACCCAAAUUUGAUAAUAUAAUACUACUGUAACUCUAAUGGAUCAUUUGUAUCAGAAAUUUCAUGAAAAAAGGAUAAUUACCGAUCAUAGUAUCAUUGUAGAAG